AUGGCGAGGAGAAAGAAUUUCAAAAAAGGGAACAAAAAGACUUUUGGGGCUCGUGAUGACUCAAGAGCUCAAAAAAACUGGUCUGAGCUAGUAAAGGAAAAUGAAAAAUGGGAAAAAUACUAUAAGACUCUAGCCCUUUUUCCAGGAGAUCAGUGGGACGAAUUUAAAAAAAUAUGUCAGGCUCCGCUACCUCUAACUUUUAGAAUUACAGGCUCCAGAAAGCAUGCCGGUGAGGUCUUAGAUUUAUUCAAAGAAAGACAUCUACCAAACUUGACUAAUGUUGAAUUUGAAGGUGAAAAAAUUAAGGCUCCUGUAGAAUUACCUUGGUAUCCAGACCAUCUCGCUUGGCAGUUGGAUGUCCCUAAGACGGUUAUUAGAAAGAAUGAACAAUUCGCAAAAACUCAGAGAUUCUUAGUUGUUGAAAAUGCAGUUGGUAAUAUCUCAAGACAAGAAGCCGUCUCGAUGAUUCCUCCAAUCGUUCUAGAGGUAAAACCUCAUCACACUGUUUUGGAUAUGUGUGCUGCGCCUGGUUCCAAAACUGCUCAGCUAAUCGAAGCCUUGCACAAGGACACAGACGAACCAUCUGGUUUCGUUGUGGCUAACGAUGCAGACGCUAGAAGAUCCCAUAUGUUGGUUCACCAAUUGAAGAGAUUGAAUAGUGCUAACUUGAUGGUUGUCAAUCAUGACGCUCAAUUUUUCCCACGUAUUAGAUUACAUGGUAAUUCAAAUAAUAAGAAUGACGUUUUGAAAUUUGACAGAAUCCUGUGUGACGUUCCAUGUUCUGGUGAUGGUACCAUGAGGAAAAACGUUAAUGUUUGGAAGGACUGGAACACGCAAGCAGGUCUUGGUUUGCAUACUGUUCAGUUGAAUAUAUUAAACAGAGGUUUGCAUCUUCUAAAGAACAACGGUAGAUUGGUUUACUCAACCUGUUCUUUAAAUCCUAUUGAAAAUGAGGCUGUCGUUGCUGAGGCGUUAAGAAAGUGGGGUGACAAAAUUAGAUUAGUUAAUUGUGAUGAUAAGCUUCCUGGCCUAAUAAGAUCCAAGGGUGUAUCCAAAUGGCCCGUUUAUGAUAGAAACUUGGCUGAGAAGACCAAAGGAGACGAAGGCACACUAGAAAGUUUCUUUCCACCGUCCGAAGAAGAGGCAUCUAAAUUCAAUUUACAAAAUUGUAUGAGGGUUUAUCCUCACCAACAAAAUACAGGCGGAUUUUUUAUCACUGUUUUCGAAAAAGUUGAAGAUAACACUGACGCGGUCACAGAGAAACUAUCUUCAGAAACACCAGCCGUGGAAUCUGAAGAACCUCAAGCAAAGAAAAUAAAGGUGGAAGAAUUCCAAAAGAAGGAAAGGUUACCACGUGAUGCGAACGAAGAACCUUUUGUUUUCGUUGACCCACAGCACGAAGCUUUAAAAGUUUGUUGGGAUUUUUAUGGCAUCGAUAAUAUUUUCGACAGAAAUACUUGUUUAGUACGUAACGCCACUGGUGAACCAACGAGAGUGGUUUACACUGUGUGCCCAGCAUUGAAGGACGUUAUUCAAGCGAACGACGACAGGUUGAAGAUUAUUUAUUCUGGUGUAAAAUUGUUUGUCUCUCAAAGAAGUGAUAUCGAAUGUUCAUGGAGAAUUCAAAGUGAAUCAUUGCCAAUAAUGAAACACCAUAUGAAAUCCAAUAGAAUUGUUGAAGCUAACUUGGAAAUGUUAAAACACUUGCUGAUUGAAUCAUUCCCUAAUUUUGAUGACAUUCGUUCAAGGAAUAUCGAUAAUGAUUUUGUCGAAAAGAUGACAAAAUUAAGCUCUGGUUGUGCAUUUAUUGAUGUAUCAAGAAACGAUCCUGCCAAAGAAAACUUAUUCUUGCCUGUUUGGAAAGGCAACAAGUGCAUUAAUUUAAUGGUCUGUAAGGAAGAUACACAUGAACUAUUAUACAGGAUUUUUGGUAUCGAUGCGAAUGCCAAGGCUACUCCAAUUCCUGAAGAAAAGGAAGGAGAAACGACGAAAUCUCCCACCGAAACUUCUACCGAAAUCUCUAAUGAAGCUCCUAGCGCUGCUAAUUAA